UUUUGUACGGAUUUCUUUCUCGUCUGUUUUCUUUUCCUGAAUACUAGAACUAAUCCUCCGUCAGUGUCCCUCCCUCCCUCCCUGCAUCUACACCUUUGCAGCCCUUUCCCUUCAGACAACGACGUAUACCCCCCUAAACCGCCACAAUGGCCGCCAAACCUCCUACCCGCCUUGCCAUCCUGAUGGCCGACACUCCCAUGCCCAACACGGCGGCCAAGUACGGCGACUACGGCGGCCUCUUCACAUCCCUCUUCGCCACCGCCGCCCAGCCCGAACCCCUCGAGUCCAUCCUCUCCAUAACAAAGCACGACAUCGUCAACCAUGUCGGCUCGUACCCGCCGCUAGACGACGUCGACGCCGUCCUCAUCACGGGGUCCAAGCACAGCGCCUUUGGCGACGACGCCUGGAUCAUGGCCCUGGUCGACUACACGAGGCGCGCCCUGCUCGAGACCAACGGCAGGGUCAAGGUCGUCGGCAUCUGCUUCGGCCACCAGAUCGUCGCCCGCGCCCUGGGCGGCAAGGUCGUCGUCAACGAAAAGGGUUGGGAGGUGGCCGUGACAGAGGUCGAGCUGACGGAGCGCGCGAGGGAGUUCUUUGGUCUGGAGACGCUGAAGAUCCAACAAAUGCACCGCGAUAUCGUCCCAGAGUUGCCCAAGACCGACCCGCCAACCCUGCUCCUAGCCACCAACAACGUCUGCCAGGUCCAGGGCAUGCUGUGGCCUGGCCGUUGCGUCACAGUUCAGGGUCAUCCUGAAUUUACAGAGGAUGUCAUGCGUGAGAUCUUGGAGACCAGGCACGACGCAGGCAUCCACCCCGACGAGCUGUACAACAGCGGCAUGUCGAGGGCCGCUAGCCCACAUGACGGCAUCGCCAUCGCAAAGGGUUUCAUCAAGUUUAUGAGGUUAUGAUUUUAAAAUCAGUGCUGCUCUUUCCGAUGAUGCUUUAAACAGCGAGUAGAACCGAAUUCGAGGGGCUGCAACAUUGGGUGUCGAAUAAUGAAAACAGUCUUUGGUAAAUCGGCGGUUCCCCAUUCGUUUUGCCUCGCUAUCACGCAAGUGCGGCAGAUGUCAAGAGAAUGUGCACCUAGUGAAUUUAAUACAGCUGACCAAAUGGUUGCACACAUGGAUACUGGCGCAAAAAUCAAAAGCAACACCACGGUUCUUUGGUAAAAUAAGCAACCAGUAUAUAUACACAAGAGCAGCAGGGGUAUAUAUAAAUAAGGAAAAACUUUCCGAGCCAAAACGCCUCGCCGUGACAAAAACAGUCCCACCUAUUUGUUGGAACCUUAUAAAUGCUUUUUUUUUCGGUAUCCGUACCCACAUUAGUAUUGUGAUCAACCCUCCGGCUUGAUGGUUCUGGUCCGAACCAGAAAAGAAAAGAAAAGAAAAAAGGCCGCGGAUCAUCAAUCCUGGUCCUCGGCAUCCCACCAGUUUCUCGGUGCGGUGGAUUUCC